CACUAAUCAUUCAAGGUGUCGCGUAGGAAUCAAAGACAUCCCCUUCUUUACCAGUUAUAAUGAGUAAAAGAGUCACGGGGUGGCUCCUUGCUUAUUAGAUCCUUGUUAAUUAUUUUUUGGUGCAUGCCUAUUAGUUUUAAUGAUAGUUUGUUAAGUCAUAUUAUUUGAUAGAAAGUGAAUAAAAGUUCAGAUAAAAAAUAGUCAAACCAGGAUAGAGUAAAUAUCAGAAAAGCUGGAAAUAAUACUUUCUGAAACACGGAGUUGUCUCAACGUCAAUCACGAGACACCGACUCCACGAUGGUAACAGACAGUACAAGCCAGACUGACGAUACGACAGUGUUUCUUCGAGCUGCUCGGUCUGGUAAUCUGGAAAAAGUUAUUAAAUAUCUAGAUGCUGAUCUUGAUAUCAAUAUAGCCAAUUCUAAUGGACUAAAUGCUUUGCAUUUAGCAUCUAAAGAUGGGCAUGUUGAAAUAGUGACGGAAUUAUUGAAAAGAGGAGCAAAAGUUGAUGCUGCAACAAAAAAAGGAAAUACUGCACUGCAUAUUGCAUCAUUAGCUGGUCAAAUUGAUGUUGUCAAUAUUUUAAUUCAAUACGGAGCAGCAGUGAAUACUCAAUCUCAAAAUGGCUUUACUCCUUUAUAUAUGGCUGCCCAAGAGAACCAUGAUCAAGUAGUUAAAUUAUUGCUAUCGAAUGGUGCCAAUCAAAGUUUAGCAACAGAAGACGGAUUUACACCACUUGCUGUAGCUAUGCAACAAGGUCACGAUAAAGUAGUUAGUGUAUUACUUGAAAAUGACUUGAAAGGAAAAGUCAGGCUUCCAGCAUUACACAUUGCUGCGAAAAAAGAUGAUUGUAAAGCAGCUGAUCUACUCCUACAAAAUGAUCACAAGCCUGAUGUAACUUCUAAAAGCGGCUUUACGCCGCUACACAUUGCAGCACACUAUGGGAAUGAAGAAAUAGGUCGAUUAUUAAUAAAAAAAGGUGCAGACGUAAAUUAUGUAGCAAAGCACAACAUCAGUCCAUUACACGUGGCAGCAAAAUGGGGGAAAAACAAUAUGGUCAAACUUCUUUUAGAAAAUUCAGCAAUGAUUGAUGCUAAAACGAGAGAUGGAUUAACACCACUUCAUUGUGCUGCUCGAUCAGGACAUGAGGAAGUUGUUUCAACCUUGCUUGAACAUUCAGCACCUAUUAGUGCUAGAACAAAGAAUGGUCUAGCACCUCUUCACAUGGCAUCUCAAGGUGAUCAUGUAGAUGCUGCGAGGGUAUUAUUAUACCAUCGAGCUCCCGUUGAUGAAGUGACAAUCGAUUACCUAACAUCACUUCAUGUAGCAGCCCACUGUGGUCAUGUACGAGUCGCUAAAUUACUUCUCGAUCGAAAAGCUGAUCCCAAUGCUCGUGCUCUCAAUGGAUUUACUCCUCUUCAUAUUGCAUGCAAGAAAAAUCGAAUUAAAAUUGUUGAACUUUUGUUAAAACAUGGUGCAUCAAUCGAAUCAACUACGGAGUCUGGAUUAACACCUCUACAUGUAGCCAGUUUUAUGGGAUGCAUGAAUAUCGUUAUAUUCUUACUUCAACAUGAAGCAAAUCCCGAUGUGCCAACUGUUAGAGGUGAAACUCCUUUACAUUUAGCAGCUCGAGCAAACCAAACCGAUAUUAUCCGAAUUUUAUUACGAAAUGGCGCCAAAGUAGAUGCUCGUGCAAGGGAAGAUCAAACUCCCUUACAUAUUGCUGCAAGACUAGGAAAUGUAGAUAUUGUAAUGUUGUUAUUGCAACAUGGUGCAGCAGUUGACAUAACAACCAAAGAUAUGUAUACAGCUCUUCACAUAGCAGCUAAAGAAGGGCAAGAAGAGGUUGCUGCUAUCCUUGUGGAAAAUCAUGCAUCCGUUAAAGCUACGACGAAAAAUGGAUUUACUCCUUUGCAUAUUGCAGCGAAAUAUGGUAAUAUGAACGUAGCGAAAAUACUCUUGCAAAAGGAUAGUGAUAUUGAUGCUCAAGGAAAGAAUGAUGUUACUCCAUUACAUUUGGCAUGUCAUUACGAUCAUCCAAACGUUGCCAACAUGAUUUUGGAGAAAGGUGCAUCACCUCAUUUAGCAUUUCAAAAUGGACAUACACCACUACACAUUGCAGCUCGUAAAAAUCAAAUGGAUAUAGCAUCAACAUUGCUAGAGCAUGGGGCUGAUCCAAACGCACAAUCGAAAGCUGGUUUUACACCAUUACAAUUAAGCGCUCAAAAGGGUCAUUAUGAUAUGACGAAUUUAUUAAUUGAACAUGGAGCUGAUCCAAAUCACAAAGCAAAGAAUGGUUUAACUGCUCUACAUUUGUGUGCUCAAGAAGAUUCUAUUCGUGUAGCAUCAGUUUUGGUAAAAAAUGGUGCAAAUGUUGAAAGUGCUACUGAAUCUGGAUAUAGACCGAUACAUGUUGCUUCUCAUUUUGGAAAUAUAUCGAUGAUUCGAUUUCUUCUUAAGCAUAAUGCACAAAUUGAUGUACGAACUAAACAAAAUUAUACUCCUUUACAUCAAGCUGCACAGCAAGGACAUGCUCAUGUUGUAUCAGCCCUGCUAGAAGAAAAUGCCUCUCAUACAGCAAAGACAACUGAUGAUUUAACUCCUUUGAAUAUAGCUCAAAAAUUAGGAUAUAUCUCUGUCAUGGAAGUACUCAAAGGACUUAGUUAUGAUAGUAAAACUCCAGACAAUAAAACUUGGGAGGAAAAAUACAAGGUUAUUGCACCAGAAAGUUUACAUGAGACUUGCUUUAUGUCAGAUUCAGAUGAUGAAGGAGUUUCAGAUGGAUUAACCAAUGAACAGCCUUACAGAUAUUUAACUGUAGACUUGAUGAAAAGCUUACGGGAUGAUUCAUUACCAAUUGAUGUUACUCGAGAUGAUCCUGUGCAUCGACAACUGUCGAAAGAAGAAAAACAGGAAUUUACUCAGAGUAGUAAUUAUUGUCCUCCAGAGAAUUUCGACUCGACUGAUGGAAUAAAUUUAGGAAGACUAAACUACAGGUCAUUCUUCGUAAGCUUUUUGGUAGAUGCCCGGGGAGGUACAAUGAAAGGUUGUCGAUACAGUGGAAUAAGAAUAAUUGUCCCACCAAGAAGAGCAACUAUGCCUAUUCGGGUGACUUGCAGAUUGGUGAAGUUAAGUAAGGUCCCCAAUCCACCAGCAUUGAUGGAAGGUGAAUCUUUGGCUACUCGAAUAAUUGAAAUGGGACCUGUUGGAGCAUCAUUUCUAGGCCCUGUUUUAAUUGACAUACCUCAUUUUGCAUCUGUUCAUGGCAAAGAAAGAGAAAUAAUAAUACUGAGAAGUGAAAAUGGAGAAACAUGGAAGGAACAUGAUAACUCAUAUGAGAAUGAUGAGUCUCUCUUUAAUACUGCUUAUGAUACGCAAAUGAGUGCAUCACACUGUGGAAGGAUUGUUCGAAUAAUUACAACAGAAUUUCCACAAUAUUUUGCUAUUGUAACACGAAUCAAACAGGAAGUUCAUGUAAUUGGUGCAGAUGGUGGAAUACUAAUUUCUAGUGUGGCUAAUCAUGUUCAAGCAGUAUUUCCGCCUGGUGCUUUAACCAAGAAAAUUAAAGUUGGAUUACAGGCUCAUGUCAUUCCAACUGAACUCACUGCAAAGUUAUUAGGAAAUUGUGUCGCAGUUUCACCGGUAAUUACCAUAGAACCUAGGAGAAGAAAAUUCCAUAAACCUAUAACUUUAACAAUACCAGUUCCUCAAGCUGCCAGUAAAGGGAUGAUUAAUCAAUAUGAAGGUGAAACUCCGACCCUUCGUUUACUCUGUAGUAUUGCAGGUGGUACAAGUGAAGCUCAAUGGGAAGAUGUCACCGGUUCAACUCCUCUAACGUUUUUAAACAAUCGUGUGUCCUUUACGACCACAGUUUCCGCCAGAUUUUGGCUUAUGGACUGCAGAAAUAUUAGUGAAGUACCUAAAAUGGCUACGGAACUUUAUAAAGAGUCCCUUUUUGUACCGUUUAUAACGAACUUUGUUAUUUAUACCAAACGAUUUGACGUGGUAGAAGCAACUUUGCGUAUUUUAUGUAUGACUGGUGGAAAGGAUGGAUUACAUACACUGGAACAACAAGAAGAAUUUCUGGAAAUUGUGAAGAGUCGUGAUGUUGAAGCUUUAGAUGGAAAGGAAAUCUUCUUAGAAUUUAGUGGUAAUCUUGUACCUGUAACGAAAUCCGGCCAACAGCUCAAGUUCACUUUUAAGGCAUUCCGUCAAAAUAGAUUAUCCUUCCACGUUAAAGUUAAAGAUCCACUUUUGGAUCCUGUUGCACGAAUGAUGUUUAUGCGUGAUCCUAGAGUAGCUAAAGGCGAACCAGCUCAACAGCCAAUUUGUGUUUUAAAUAUCGUUCUUCCAGAAGUCGCCGUUCAAAAAUCUCAAUCAAGAUCGAAAUUAAAAGAAUUAGAUUCUGAAUUUAUGAAUAAAAUGGACCUUUAUAAAACAACAUAUAUGCAAGAUUAUGGAGAAAAACGUGAUAUGCCUAAAUUAACAUCAUCCAACGAACAAGAAAAAAUUGAUGAUAUUGUAGAAAAAAAGAACAAAGAUGCCGCAAUUGUUGAAUCCUUAGCAAAAAAUGUGGCUUGCUCUCUAGAAUCUGUAGAUGCUAGUAAUAUUGAUAAUGCAAAUGAUCAUAAAGACAUGUCACCAACCCUUGAACACCAAACAUAUUCUGAGAAAUUAAGAUUUUGGGAAGAAGUUUCCAAAAAAAGAGAUAGUUAUCAACGAUCAGAAUCUGAAAUUUCUAGAGCUUCUCAAUUAACUAUUAAUGAGACUGACAGUGAAUUUGCGCAAAAUGUUGUUUCAGAAGACAAUGAUGUUAUACUCAAUGAUUCCGAAACCAUGGAAGAGUUAGAUGUUCCUGAUAUUUCUGAGUGUACAGUUGCAGAGAAAGCACACUAUUUUGAAGAACAAAUUCAAAAGGAAAUAGAGACAGCAGUUAAAGUACCAUUCACCAAAACCCCAGGUGGGCAAGACUCCAAAAAAGGUAAACAAAAUAAUAUUGUUGAUCAAACUUCUAUCUUAGAGACUGAAGGAGCUGAUUUGAAAUCUAUCAAGCAUGAUAAAAAUGUUGAAAGUCAAAAAUUAGAGAAGAAAUCAAUGGUAAGUCAGAUUCCGAAGAAGAUAAGUUCUCCUGAAGAAAAUAAAAAGGAAAAUGAAAAAAUAAAAAGUGAACAAAUGGAAGACAAGACUAUUCGUAAAAAAUCCAUGGAUCUUGGUGAACCAGAAGUUAAGAUUAUUGAACAAAAAUCUGAAGUGCGAGUUGAAACGAAAAUCCCAGCUUCUAAAAUUCCUACGAAGGUAAAAACAGAUUCGACAAGUUCUAAAAUGGAUAAUAAAGAGAUUACAAAUAAAUCUGAUACUGUGAAUCUUAUUAAAAAAGAAGUAGAAAGUAAAAUAUCAGGAAUUCCAAUUCCUUCAUCUAAAAAUAAUAAACUUGAAUUGGAUAUGUCACCCAAAGAUAUUGACGAUAAUAAGAAAAAAUCUAAAAUCCCAGUGCAAGUUGUUAGUUCAACAACAAAAAUUGUCGACAAUAAUCAAGGGAAAGAGGCUGUAAUUACUGUGACAGAAACGAAAAUCACUGAAACAAUAUCUCAACAUUAUGAGAAACAAACCACUGAGACUAAAUCACAAUCUCAGACUGUCAUUAAAACAGUAACACAUCCUAAAGAUUCAUUUGAGUCCAUUGAAGAAAUUAAAAUAACGAGUGAACCUGAAUCUACAAUAACUUCUAAAGUUAAUCUUGAAGAGACGAAAAAGGUUGCAGAAAAGGAAAUUAUUUCAUCGCAAAUAUCUAAAGAUGAUACUAAAAUAUUAAAACACGAAGAAAGAGACCAUGAAUCAAGUGAGAAAUUAUCAGAAUCCAAAGUGACAACGGAAAAGAAAGAUGAAACUCUUGAAGAUAAAAUAACUCGUUCUGAAAAGUCAGACAAAAAUGGAGUCAAAGAAAUUUUAAUUGAGGUUGCAGAUGGAAAACAAACUAUUAGUGCAGCUGCUUCUCAAGGUAUGAAAAUAUUAAAAGAUGAAAUUAGGUCAGAAAGGUCUGAAGAUAGUGAGAAAAUUGUCGUACAAGAGACAGAAGCGAAGAUGCUAAAAGAGCGUGAGGUAGAUACAGCUAUAACUAUGGAAAAAAGUGAGUCACAAGCAGAUGAAAAAUCAGAUAUUGAUACAUUUAAUUUAGACAAGAGCUUUGAAGAUGAAUUGAAGGCUGCUGUGGUUCGUGAAGAAUCUAGGGAAGAGUAUUCAAAUAGGUCUGAUAUUAAUGUAUAUUUACCUAAGGAAUCUACAGAAAACAUAUCACGUGAAGAAAGCUUUGCUGAAGAAAUUCCUGAAGAACUUGGUAAUCAUAACGUAAACAUUGCUGAUAAGAAUGAAGUUCGUAAUAUUGCUGAGAGCUUGAUACAGUCAAUUGAAAAUGAAAUAAUUAAGAGAUCUGAAAGUUCUCAGGGAAUAAAACUUGAUUUCGAUUAUGAGAAAAAUGAUACUGAAAAAGAAAUGGAAUCUAAUGAUUUUGAUGAAAGAUUAGCUGACAAUUUAAAUCAAAAAUUAACGUCUCUAAUGAAAGACCAAGGAAUGGAAGAUUUUGAACAAGGGAUUAUCGGACACGAUAAAAAUUCUACUCACCAGAGCUCUAGUAUAAGUGAAGAUAUAACGAAAGAAGAGGAAGAAGAUUUGUCAUUUGAUAAAAAAGAAACUGAAGAAAGUGUUUUGCUUUCAUCAUCUCAAGUUAAAGUACUGGAUAAAGAUGUGACAAUCAGUCUCAGUAGUAUGUCUGAUCAAAUAGAGCUUGAAGAAUCUCUUGAAUCUGAAAAAUAUCAACUUGAACGUCAUUUAAGUGGAUUACCUGAUGAAAUUAAAGUUGCAGAAGAGUACAUUGAACAUCCACAAGAAUUGGUAAUGCCUAUAAAAUAUGAAACAUCUGAAGAUUCUGGUGCUCGAGUGUUACAAAUUCUAGAGCCUGGUGUAAAUAUUUUCGAAACUGCGCAGAGUUUCAUGCCUGAAGCUGAAGAUCAAGAGUAUGUACCAGACGAUGAAGAACACUCGUUAGAUGAGAAAUAUAUGAAGGAUUUAGAGUUUAAUAAACUCCAUGAGAGUGAGGCGAUGGAGCACUUGGAUAAGCUGGAUAAAAUUUGUAAUAUAGAAAAACCGGUAAGAUCUCGGUUACAAUCAUCAGUAUCAGAACCUUCAGUUGUCCGCGAGAAGAAAGAGAUAGAUCAUGAAUUCUUUGAAUCUAAAAGAGCUGAAAAAUUGAAAGUCAAAGAACUAGAAAUUCCUCAGAUAACAUGGUCGAUUGGGGAUGAGAAAAUUGGAAUCGUUGAAACUUUAGAACCUUCAGAAGCGUUUGAUAAAGAACUUGAUGAGCUGCAGUCAAGUUUAAAUAAACAAAAAGACUUAAUUUCUCCUCAUGAAGAGAUUAAACAAGAAGAUUCUGCGAAAGAUUUAGAAAAAGAGAUAGUUUUUUCUGCUGAUACAGCUAUUGAAGAUGUUGAAGGAGACAUUGAAGUUAGAUUAUCACCUGAUUUAAGUGAUACAAUGAUUGAGCCAGAAGACAAUAAAAUUGAGGCUCAAUUAGUUGAGAAUAAACUUGAUAUAAGUUGCCAAGAAUUAGUUGCCACACUUCAAAGAGAGUAUGAGACAAAGACACCAACUGAUGAGCCCAUUCCUUUAACUCCAAGAAGAAUGUCUGACAGUAUAGAAACAUUAGAUUUUCCUAAAGUCAAUGAACAGACUAUUUCUGAACCUGUGCGUGAAUCUACUCUCGAGUCUACUCCUAGUCAAUUGGAUUCCUCUAAAAUUGAGGAUCAAUCUAUUCCUGAACCUCCACCUAGUGCAGUUGAUGAAAAAGUUGAAAGUGAGACAAUUAAAAAAGAAGAAAAAGUUCAAGUAGACAAGAAAGAAACAAGUCCUUUACAAAAAUCGCCCAAAAAAGACAAACAAAAUGAAAGUUUUACAGAAAGUACAUUUAAAAGUUAUAAAGAAUCUUUUUCACAUAUAACUCAGUCGUUCGAUGAUUCUAAAAGACAUCCAGAAAAGUUAGUUGAUAUUAAAGAACACUUAUCAUACGGGGCUUCCAUUGAUUCUGCUAGCAUGAAGUUGAAAAAAGAAGAUUUAUCGAAUGUAGACUUGAGUUCGAAGUAUGCAAUAACGGUUCUGGAUCAAGUAGUAAAAAGAGAAAUUGCAGAAGUGAAGGAAUCAUUGGAAGCAGCUAAACAGGAUCUUAUUGAAGAAUUGAAUGAACAGAAUCAGCCAGUUCAAAUUAAAGAUUCACCAUCUGAGUUCCAGUUCAAACUCCAGCCAGAAUCUAUACCUAACGAUCUUCCUUUUUUAUAUAAAGCUCCAUCGGUAGAGCAAAUGACCGAACAAGAAGAACAGUAUUCUCAACUUCCUACAGAUACACAGAAAAGAGAUGAUGAGCAAGAAGAAGAUAGUUUUACUGAUUCGAAUGUACUCUCGAGCGAUAUAAAAGUUGAUAUUCAAGAUGUAGAAGUUAGUCUAGAUACUUCUUCAGCACCGGUUCCAGCUAGUCGGUCUAGUUCAGACAUUGAAAAUAAAGAAGAUGGUUCAAGUUCUUUAUCGAUUCCACCUCAGCCAGUUCCAAGAAGGCGUCAAAAACCAACAAGAAUCUCGAAGGCAAUUUAUUCUGAACGAGAAGGAGAAUCUAGUUCUGGAGAAAGUAGUAAUUAUCAAUCUUGUGAUUAUGAAAGUGGAAGUCGACCAAGCUCUUCAGAUGUAGAAGCACUUCAUUCUGCUGCAGGUAUUCUUUCAGGAACCGCUUCAGAAUAUGAAACUGCUUUGAUGUCUAUAGAACACACGACAUCUAAACCAACAUCUCAAGAUUAUCAAAGUGCAGUAUCGACAUUAAGCUCACAUGAAUCGAUGAAAUCAUUAAAUUCAUUGAGCUCAGGUCAUUUAGGAAGUAUUGAUAGUACAAGUGAGUUAACAGAGACUCUAGUGGCGUCUGAAUCAGAUAAAGAAGAUGAAAUUAAUGAGAAUCUAGAUAUGGCACUAGAAGGAGUAGACCAAAGAGAAAAAUCGAUUUCUCCUGAAAGUGAUGUAGAGCAAGAUGAAUUAAUGGUGGAUGAUAAUAUUGCUGGUACAAUACCAACUAAAAUGAAACGAUCAUCUGAAAUGCUAUUCCAACAUAUAUCAGAUGAUACAGAAUCUUUCGUAGUGCCUGAAGGAUUUGAUGGUUUUACUGAGGAAGAUAGUAAACAGCAAUCAGGAAAAACAAUUUCUAGUCUUGUAGUUAAUAGAGAUGAUGAUGAUAAAACAUCUAUUACAGAUGUUAUAUCUGAUCAAAUAGCUGUUGAAGAAAGUUCAUCUUCACCGGAAGUUAAAUUAAAUUCCAUUGAAGCACAAUUAACAGGUGAUGAUGUGUCAGAAUUAAAAAUGACUACUUUGAGUGCAGAAGAUGCUGAAGCUUUGUUAUUAUCUAAGAGAUCUGUUCUUCAACAAGCCAGCAUGUCAACUUCUUCAACUUCAGGAAUGUCUGUUGAAACUGUUAUUGAACGAGAAAGACCAGAUAGACAUUCUCCAGAUAGCGAUUCAUUUGAGUUAGUGGAUAAACCAGAUAUUAUCGAUGAUUUCGUUGUGAUUGAAGAGGUAGGAAGAGAAGCUAAAGAGUUUGAUGCAGAAGGAAAAAGUAUAUCAAUUAAAGUGACACAUCAUACAACUAUCAAGAAAUUUGAUCGUGACAUAGAGAAUUUAAUUACCGAUAAAAAGCAAGAAGGUGAACCUUCAAGUAAACCUAUUAGUACCACCGAAGUUUUUGAUUUCGAAUCAGAAGAAAGUCCUCCUCAAGCUUCUAAUGAGGAUCAGUAUUCACAGCAGUCUUAUUCCGAUGAUGAAACAGAAGCAAAAAAAUGGAUGGAGAUGCAAUUCCAAGCAGAUGCAAGAGCUUAUGAGUUAGAAUGUGAGCGUGGACCUCUUGAAGAUAUAAAAGAAGAAGAAAUAACUGAUUUUGAAGCUGGUUCCAGUAGAUUUGGAAGCCUCGGUAGUCAUAAAGGUUCAAUAGGAAGCAGUGGAAGCAUGAAAGGUAGCUACGGAAGUACAGAAUUUGAUGUUUUGGCAGGAAAAAAAAUGUUCGCAAAGUCCAUCGAGCAUGAUAACAUUUCUAUGAAUUCUUUACAAGAAUUUGAAAACUUGGAAAGUGCUGUAAUCGGUGCUGAUGGCACAAGAAGAUUUCAAUGUGGUUCACAAGAUUCUGUCAAUAACGGAAGCUUACCUCGACGUUAUAUCUCAGGUCGCUCCGGUCAUGGUGAUGAUAUUUCUGUGUCAUCAUUAAAAGAUUUUGAAGGUUUAGAAAAGGCUUGUAGAGAGGCGCACAUGAUCGAACUCCGAGCUAAAGAAGAAGAAGAUUUAUUAGAGCAUGAGAGUCCAGAGAAUAGAUAUAGGCUUGAAAAUUUAACUAAACCAAAACCAGUUGAACCAAGUACGUCAUUUAAUCCUAGUACUUCAGGCUCUGAUGAUUACGAGAAAAGAAUAAUGGAGAUUGAUGAGAUUAUUAGAAUUGCACAAGCAAAUGUUGAAAAGUUUGAUCGACAAGAUGAUACAACUGAGGAUAUUUCUCAAAUAGAAAUAACUGAUGCUGAAAAAGUUGAAACUGCUGCCACUAAUUUGAUGUCAACUGCAAGUGAGAUAGCUCAAAUAACUCGUGAAACAAAUAUCAUGGAAACUAGCACAGAUUCUUUAGAGCUUGAAAACAAUACUGAAAAACAAAAUAACUUGAUGUACAAAAGCUCUGACUCACUUGAACUGAAAACAACAAUAGACCUCCCAUCAUUGAGUUAUUCAGAUUCGUUAAAUAAUGUUCGAGAAUCACAAGUUGCAGAUAAGUUUAAUAGUGCUAGGCGUAUUUCAUCGGAUUCAUUAGAAGCACCAGUUCUUGAUCAUCCGGAAACUGUUCAAUCGGAAACCACUGAGUCUAGUAGUAAUGGUAGUCAAUCUAAUGAUAAAAUCACGAAGAAUGGCAAAGCUGCUUCGAUAGCUACCACUAAAUCUUAAAUAUAAGUUGAGGUGAAAUAAAAAUUAACCACACUAUGAUUUAUUGAAAUUGCUAUAAUACAGCUUGAAAAGCUUUAAUUUUAUAGACAUGAAUGCAACAUGAAAUUUGAUAUUUGCUGGGCUUGUAGAAGAUAAAAUUGUAUUGUGAACAUUAUAUAUUCAUUUAUCAUAUCGUCUAAUACACGCAAUUGAAUGAAAACAAAAUUAUUUCAAUAAUUUUAUGAUGUUACAAACAUUUUAAUGUUUGUUACUUAAUUAUUGAGAUAUUAAAAUUUUUUUUAUAUAAUUGAAUCGAACAUAAGUAUUAAAGUCUGACUGUGAG